AUGGCUCAAGCUUUGGAACAUCAGCCUAAUGUUCGUGAGAAUGCUGCUUCUCGUAAUUUGACUACCUUCCAAAGGGAUAAUUCACAUGUGUUCAAGGGAAAUCAUGAUUCUGAUGGCAGACUCUUCAGAGGUUGGAGGCUAAUGGAGAAGAGAUCACUUGAGUUAAGGAAAUGGAAUAAGUCAGUUAUGGAGUAUGCUGCUAAGUUUGGAGAGUUGGCUAAGUUUUACCAACACUAUGAUGGAUCAACUGGUGAGUUCUCGAAGUGUAACAAGUUUGAGAAUGGAUUGCGCCCGAAAAUUAAGAAGACGAUUAGUUACCAGAAGAUUCGUGUCUUUGCUGAUUUGGUUGAUAGUUUCCGGAUUUAUGAGGAAGACAACAAUGCUCAUUAUCAAGUUAUUAGUGAGAAGUGGGGCAAGAGUCAACAAGACCGUGGCAAGCCUUAUGAUGCUCCAGUAGGAAAGGGGAAGCAGAAAGCUAUUGAGUACAAGAUUACUAGUGGGGGAGAUGCACCUGCUGGUAUUACGUGCUUCAAAUGUGGCAAAGUUGGCCAUAAGAGCACCGUGUGUACUGCUGAUGCCAUGAGGUGUUACCGUUGUGGUGAGAUUGGACAUAUGACACCUGCUUGCAAGCACAAGCAAAUGGUUUGUUUCAACUGUGGUGAAGAAGGCCAUAUUGGAAGCAAGUGUCGGAAGCCUAAGAAGGAGCAAACUAGUGGAUAG